CCCCCGCUGGCAAGAAGACACAUACACACAACAAACACGUCUAUAUACAUAAGAAAAAAAGAAGAAGAAAACCAAACGAAGACAAAAGACAAGACCAAUUCUGAUUCAAAAAUAGGGGGUGUAUUAAUUAAUUAAUUUUUUUUCUGUUUCUCAACCCAUUACACCUGCAACAAUGGAGGACGGAACAUCAAGAAGAGUGAAUGAUGUCGAUGGAAAACCUGGAUACAUACCUCCUUGCAAAUAUAGGAUAUUCUGAAACUGGCUUUAAAUCGGAGACGGGACCGUACGCCUCUAGAUUCUCAAUCUCCUCAUAUUCUGCUAAAUCAUCCUUCUCUUGUAUUCAUUGUUGAUUAUGCCCUCCAAAUCAGGUGACCAACAUUUGUUAUCAGGUACGGCACAUCAAAAGGCACCACUACCCUACUAUACUUGUAUAUUCGCUGAGCUAUUGUGCAACCUUGCAUUUUUUUUUGUCAAGUCAUGGGAUGACUAGGAUUUUAGCAAAUGGCACAGUCGGUUACAAUAUCACACCUGUACUAAUGAUAACAGUAGUGGGUGUGGAAAUCUUUCAAUGAGGAGCUGGCACAUAAACGAUCGGCACACGAGUGGAUAAGUGCUGACAUCAUAGGCGAGGCUGUUUUUCCCCACUUGAGACAUCUAUAUGGCCCACAUUCUGGACAAAUCUAGGGGAAAAAAUGACCCUGGAUUUUUCUAGGGAUGCUGUUACACAGUGUGCUAUCAGUUACGCCCUCUAGUGUCCAUUAUAGGUAUGCCAGCUCCUUGCAAAAAUGAAUCAUACACUAUCUCAACUCGAUUCAAUCAGCUGAGUUUCCUCAGAUAAUUUUUUUUUUUUGAUCAACUGGCAUGAAAUAAUCACCUCAAUUUUACUGGAUUCUAAUUUUGUUUUAAUUCAACAGUACACAUCUGGAUCUAUUGUAUACUGGAUUUUUUUUUAGAACGAAUUGGACCAAUGUAAAUUUAAUUUGGACAGAAAUGGACCCAUGAAUUGUCAUUGAAAACGAAUGAAAGCUAAGGGGGGAAAAACAAGUGAACUGAUACAGCACUUGAACAGUUCAUUUUCCGGCUGAACCUAAGCAAACAUGCUGCUUACGAGUUUUCGGUAAACAGGGUGUCAGAGCGAUAACCACAGCUGUUUAAUUACAUCUUCAUUAAUAAUUACCUACACAUGUCACUCUGUACCACAAUUUACUGCUUCAUCUCUGAUUACGACACAAUGAAGACAGGCUGAACCCCCUCGAUUAUCAAAAGUAAAAAAUUAGGUUUUCAAUAUGCCAUAAAUUACUAGAAUCAUCUUCUAAGUCAUCCUUUAGUACGAGUUACUUUGAUGUAGGUUUUCAGCUGUUUUUCACCUCCUAUUCUAUCGACAGAAUACAAAUCAGAGAUUAGCUAGAACUUUGUACAUCUCUUUAUUUCAUAUUUCAUUGCUUUGUAGGGCAGCAAGACAAAUCAAAUAUCUGUAUCCUUCAUUUUAUGUCACAACAGGGCAUUUUAAGAUUGUACCUCUUGAAAAUGUUGACAUCCUCUAACAUUUUGGAGAAGUAUUAAAAAUAAGUAACAUUGAUUUAAUUUAUACUGUUGCUAUGAAUGAAAUGAAGAGAGCGUUGCUCUACAAUUUGGCCUAAUUUCAUGGCAUGCUAAUAAAAAAAGCUCAUUUGAACAGCCACACCCCUUUUUCAAUGUGUAAGGCACAGGGCUGGUGACUUUAACCCCUCCCAUUUCACGGUCAAAUAAAAGGCUGCCUCCAACUUCAGCUGGCAGCAGGCAUCUUUUGCUUAACCAGCUGCUUUCAGAGCUACCUAGUUAGAUUGGAGAUACAAAAAUCAUCAAGAUGAUUCCUGCAGUUACACUCUACAAUGGAGCCAAGAUGCCCAUAGUUGGUCUGGGAACCUGGAGAGCCGAACCAGGGAAGGUCACCGAGGCUGUGAAGGUGGCUAUAAGCAGCGGCUACAGGCACAUAGAUGGUGCCUUCGUCUAUGAGAACGAAGGAGAAGUUGGGGAAGGAGUGUGCGCCAUGAUUGAACAAGGAGUGACAAAAAGAGAGGAUUUAUUCAUUGUCAGUAAGCUCUGGUGCACCUUCCAUGUUCCAUCACUGGUAAGGGGAGCAUGCGAGAAAACUCUCAAAGACUUGAAGCUGGACUAUGUGGACCUUUACCUUUUACACUUCCCAGUAGGGAUGCAGCCAGGGGAAAAGAUUUUUCCAUCAGACGAGAACAACGAAAUCAUUUGUGAUGACAGCUACUUCCUGGACACAUGGGGGGCAAUGGAGAAGCUGGUGGAUGACGGUUUGGUCAAAGCCAUAGGUGUCUCAAACUUCAACAAAGACCAGAUUGAAGCCAUUCUCAACAAGCCUGGCCUCAAAUACAAACCAGCCAACAAUCAGAUUGAGUGCCACCCAUAUCUAACCCAAGAGAAAAUGAUCAACUAUUGCCACUCAAAGGGCAUCACGGUUACAGCUUUCAGCCCCCUGGGAUCUCCAGACAGACCCUGGGCUUCCUCUGAUGACCCCCGUCUUCUAGAGGAUACUACCAUCUUGGCCAUUGCUAAAAAGUACAACAAAUCUCCAGCACAGGUUCUCAUGCGUUUCCACACACAGAGGAAUGUGGCAGUCAUCGCCAAGUCAGCAACACCAAGUCGGAUUAAGGAGAACUUCCAGUUGUUUGACUUUGAGUUAAGCCAAGACGACAUGAAAACGAUCCUGGGCUUGAACAGGAACUACAGAGGAUUCCCAGCAAAGUGGGCCGUGAAGCAUAAAGACUAUCCCUUCAAUGCAGAAUACUAGCCGAUGCAGCGCCGUUUCUGUUUGAUUCUUCUUUGUGGAAAAAAAGGAUGAACAUACAGUUUAAUUAAAUGACUAACUAAUUAUCGUCUAUGGAACCUGCAGAAAAUGUCACCAAAAAAAAUUGUUCAUGAAUGGUUAGUUAGACAUUAAAAAGGGAAAAAAAGGAUUUAAAUAAAUGCUGAUUUGUAAUAUGACUAAGUCUAGAUGAAGCAAGAGUAUUGUAACAAUACUAGCUCCAAUCAAAUGAAAAAUCAUUAAACCGUUUACGUUGAUCUGCAGCAGUAAUGAAUAUCUAAGCAACAGUUACUUUGCCAUGAUGUUCUUAUAGACAACUGUAUUUUAUCUGUUUUUGAUGCACUGAUAUUGUGAAACAUCUACUGAAUUUGUUGAAUAAAAGACUUGCUGUUUGAAAUGCCA